UGUUCUAUAAUUUAGUUCCUGAAUGAUAUGGUUUUUAAUGCAACCUCUGGUCCGGAGAUACCUAUCACAAACCUGGAUACAGCCAGGCAGAGCUGUCCAUUUCAGGUUCUUUGUCCUUAGUCGAGUGGCCCGGCCAGUCACCAUGGCAACGAGUGUGAUAAUCAACAACCAACAUUCUCAGCCUCCUCAGCCUCAGACACCAGCUUUCAUAGCUGUCCACUCUAACCAGUGGGGCACUGGCAUUUGUGACUGCUUCGACYACUUGCAAGUCUGCUGUUUUGCCUGCUGGUGCUUCCCCUGUUUCGCCUGCACCACCACCUCAGAGUUCGGAGAGUGUUUCUGUCUCCCCAUGCUGGACAUCUUAUGGUCCUCCACCCAGCUGGUAGGGGUGCCAACCUGCACUCCUCCUGUGUCCAUGUCCAUGAGGGUGGCUGUACGUAACCGCUAUGGCAUUCAGGGUGACAUGAUGGCGGACUGUGUGUACUCCACCUUCUGCAACGUCUGCUCCUGGUGCCAGAUGGCCAGGGAGAUCAAGAGACGCAGACAGACCUUCACCGUCAUCAACGCACAGCCCACCAUGCUGCCCGGUCAGCCCAUGUUGAUGGCCUCCCAGCCUGGGGUCAUCACAUCACAGCCUAUGAUCACCUCUGCCCCUCAGGCCAUCUUGAGCACUAGAUUCAUGUAACCUUUGACCCAAGACACAGAAACCUCACUGGGUUAGCCACGCCCUCUGGUGGUGAUUUCAUAGAGGUGAUGUAAUGGAGGUGACGCACAAUGUAUAGACGUAUAAGACUUGAGGCAUUGGAAUUCAAAUCUUGCACAAUUCCAGCAUUUACUGUACAUAAGGAUAGCUGUGAAAUGUAAGUAUCUACUCUUUUAACUAUGUCAAUCACCCAAUGCAGAUUGUUAUAUAAUAAUGAACAUUUGGUGGGUGCCUAUAUUUGUCCUAUUUCACAUGUGCAAGUGUGUAUUGUAUACAUGUGUGAAUUGGAAAUGUAUUUUUUGCAUAUCCCAACUCCCCCUGAGACACCCUCUGAGAGUGGGGUCACGGC